AUGGCCUCUCUCUUCCGGCCCCUCCCCCUUUUUACAGCCGCCGCUCUCCUCCGCGCCGUGCUGCUCGUCUACGGUCUCUGGCAAGACGCCAACUCGCCGUUCAAGUACACAGACAUUGACUAUCUUGUCUUCACCGACGCUGCCCGCUUCACUCAGCGCGGCGCCUCCCCUUACGACCGUGAGACCUACCGGUACACGCCUCUUCUCGCAUGGCUACUCCUCCCUACGGCCUGGAAUGAAACCCUCGGUCCGGCUUGGUUCUCAUUCGGAAAGGUGAUAUUUGCUGCUGCGGAUCUCUUGGCAGGAUGGCUGAUCGUGCGCGUUCUCCGCGGCACUCAUGGCAUGGAGGAGGCGAGAGCGCUCAAGUUUGCCAGCAUUUGGCUGCUGAACCCCAUGGUUGCCACGAUCAGCACGCGCGGGAGUUCUGAAGGUCUUUUGGGUGUCCUCGUGAUGGCUCUCUUGUGGGCGGUGCUGGGAAGGAGAACUGCGCUGGCUGGCGUGUUGCUCGGCUUUGGCGUGCAUUUCAAGAUUUACCCCUUCAUCUAUGCACCGGCCAUCAUUUGGUGGAUGGAUGACGAGAAUCUGGGCCGAGCCAAGAAGCCUGUCUCUGGACAGUCUGCUUCUGAUGUGGCCCGGCGUUUCUUCAGUCCACAGCGGGUAAAAUUGACCAUCAUCAGCUUGGCCACGUUCAUGGGCUUGAACAUCCUGAUGUACUCCAUAUAUGGCAGUCCGUUUCUGGUGCACACGUUUUUCCACCACGUCACGCGGAUCGACCACCGUCACAACUUCAGCCCUUACAACAUCCUACUCUACCUGACUUCAGCCUUUCCCUCCGCCUCUUCCCUGCAGAUCGAGUCCGUGGCUUUCCUGCCGCAAAUUCUUCUGUCAACCAUUCUGAUCCCUGUGGUCGUUGCGAAGAAGGAUCUUGCGGCGUCCAUGAUGGCGCAGACGUUCGCCUUUGUGACCUUCAACAAGGUCUGCACAAGCCAGUACUUUUUAUGGUACAUGGUCUUCCUGCCCAUCUACCUCCCCAACUCUUCUUUCCUCAAGAACCCUGCGCUAGGCGUGUCGGCACUGGCUCUCUGGGUCGUCACCCAAGGAGCGUGGCUUCAGCAGGGAUUCCAGCUGGAAUUCAACGGCGUCAGCACGUUCUUCCUGGCUUAUGGGCCUCUACCGUGGGAUUCUUCCUCGUGA